AUGACGACCCCCAACACCAUAAACGUAAACGACAUAGUAUUCCCCUCGCAGCCAUCCCUUUCCACACUCCUCACGUCCCUCAAACGCUCCACCCUCAGCAUCCACAACCGCCUCACGUCCAUCCUCUCCGACGCCGAGUUCGUCCACCAAGCCGCCCAGGCACUCCGGCAGCCGCCGUCAAAUAAUGAAGCGAACCAGGAGACCCAGGAACGUGUCCCGCGCCCCUUAAUUGCCAAUGAACGCUGCGGAAGCUGGUACAUCCCGCCCGGGGACAAGUACGCCUCUGCAUACUUCAAGAGCACCGAUGGCCAUGAGCGGGCGUGGAAGUUUAGCACCCGGAGGCUCAACCUCCAUCUGCUCGACAUGAUUGAGAAGCACGACGGGAUAAUCAUUGUCGAUUCUACCAGACGGGGCAAGCGCAUGCCCGACGCCCUCUCGACCACAGUCCCAAUAUGGUGCACCGUCCUCAACACCAUCCUCCUGCCCUCGCACCCGCUCUCCUCCCAGCUCUUCCUCCCGCCGCACCUCCUGCCUACCACCCACGCCCAAAUCACCGCCCUCUUCCCGCAGUUCGUCGCCUCCUUCAAGGCCCUCAACCUCCAGGAUCUGCCCAAGAUAGCGAAACCGCUGCGCCCAUUCUGGGUCACGCAAGACUCCGUGCUCGGCCCCCACUUGGAAGCCCAAGACCAGACCCCCGGCACCAUAUACGCCUCCUACAGACCGGUGAUUUGCCUCACCGCCUCCCGCCGCAACACGUCGACAAGCGAGAUCGAUUCCAACGGGUACAUCCAGGGCGCGGCCGACGACACGGAAAACUGGGCGCGCGGCCUGACCCCCGCCCUCUUCUGGGCCAACAGGGACCUCCUCCUGUCCACGCCGGAGCCAGAGCUGCCGGGCCUCAUCGCGUCCCUGGUGCGGACGGCGCCGGCAAUCGCCGCCGACAACCCGACAACCCAGCUGACGCCGCAGAUAUCCGUGUGCGCGCUGCCCCUGCCACCAAGCACCGGCUGCUGCAUCUCGCUGACGAACGCGCCCACGCCAAAGGACGGGUGGGCCAAGUCCGCCACGUCCAUGGACGUCGGGCUGGGGAAGCACAAGACGGCCAGCAGGAACCUGAGGACCGCGCUGCCGCACAUAUGCGACUUUGCGUCGGCGUGCCUGCAGAGGGAUCCGCAGGGCAUGGUGACGGUAGCUUGCGAGUCGGGCAAGGAUACAUCUGUGGGCGCGGCGCUCGCUCUGUCGUGUUACUUGUUUGAUGACGAGGGACAAUUCCGCGUGCCGGACGAGACUGCCAGGUUCACAAAGACGCUGGUGAAGAUGAGAUUGGGAAGAAUCAUGACGGUUUACCCGGAGGCGAAUCCUAGCAGACAGACGCUCCAGAGUGUGAAUAGUUUCUUGAUGGAUUGGGCUAAAUGA